AUGCAGUCUUGGUCACAUCUCGGAGCUUCUGCGCUAAUGCUUGCAAGUAUGGUCUCGGGUCUCAGCAUGAGACUGGACGCCAAGGCUAGAAAGUCUUGCGAGUAUUCUGCGCCGUGGGAGACGCUUCCUGAACUUCCGCCUAUGCCCAAGGCCAACUUUGAGGGUACAGCACCAAUUGACGGCAUUGAUCUUUGGUAUGCGACAUACGGAAGACCGCUCGAGGAUACUAAGGCGAAAGGCCUUAGCCCUGUUGUUUUCCUCCGCGGUGGCUUUGCGAAUAGUGAUUACUGGGCCAACCAGAUCCAUCACUUCAAGGAUCACCCUUACACUUUAAUCACAAUCGAUUCUCGAGCUCAGGGUCGUUCGUCAGAUGAUACCAGCCGUCCUAUAACCUACGAUCUCAUGACUGAGGAUGUCAUUGGCUUGAUGAACCAUCUUGGAAUUGACAAGUUCUCAACAGUCGGUUGGUCUGACGGCGGAUGCAUUUCUUUCGACCUCGCCAUGAACUUUACUUCUCGUCUCGACCGUACCUUUGCAUUUGGUGGCACUUAUAGCUCCGCGAACAUAAAUUCGACAAUUGGAGAGAAUCCUGUGUUCACGGAGUAUCUGGAGAGAGCUGAGAAGGAGUGGAAGAAAAACACGCCAUCCAAGGGUUCGUACAAAGACUUUUCGGAUAGAAUGAACACGAUGUGGGCAACCCUGCCGGCCUGGGACGCGAAGUCCUUUGCCACGAUUCCUACACGGUACUCUGACCCUAAUGCUCCCAUCGUGUGGAUUGUCGAUGGUGACUCUGAGGAGGCUGUCAAUCGCACCACUCCCGGUGAGCUUCAUAGCUGGAUAUGGGGUUCUGACCUCGUAAUUCUGCCCGGAGUCAGCCACUUUGCUUUCAUGCAAGACCCAAAGACCUUCAACGCCAUGCUUGAGCGCUUCCUCGAGAUGCCUCGUUUCUCAGGCGAGCUGUAG